CGCCGGACGCGGUACGAAAGGCGGGAGGAAGGGCUGCUACUGUCCGCCCUGCGGUGUCCGCAGCCCCGUAGGAAGGGGUCCUGUGAGGCUGAGGCGCGCUGCCUUGAAGAAUGUCGGGAAGCUUCUACUUCGUGAUAGUUGGCCAUCAUGACAACCCCGUGUUUGAGAUGGAAUUCCUGCCUCCUGGAAAAGCGGAGUCCAAGGAUGAUCAUCGCCAUCUCAACCAGUUCAUCGCCCACGCUGCUCUUGACCUAGUAGAUGAGAACAUGUGGCUUUCUAACAACAUGUAUCUGAAGACUGUGGACAAGUUUAAUGAAUGGUUUGUUUCUGCUUUUGUCACGGCUGGACAUAUGAGAUUUAUAAUGCUUCAUGAUGUAAGGCAAGAAGAUGGAAUUAAGAACUUCUUUAAUGAUGUAUAUGACUUGUAUAUAAAGUUUGCAAUGAACCCAUUUUAUGAACUCAAUUCACCAAUUCGAUCCAGUGCCUUUGAAAGGAAAGUGCAGUUUCUUGGGAAGAAGCACCUUUUGAGUUGAAUAAAUAACUUUCCUGAGUGAGUCCUUUUCCACGGUUCCCUGAUUUGAUCUGUAGUUCUGGCUAGUUCUCAGCAUGUUGGAAAUCCAUCUUCCUGGAGACUGACAAAUUGGGUGCUGAAGCAGCUUUUCUUCUCUUAUUGAUACAGAUAAAACAGCCAGAUUUUCUGGUUAAAAAAUGUACAUUAAGGAGUUUAUGUCUUACAAAAAAAUGAGUGUCACAGUGUCUGGGCUGAAUAGGUACAAAGCAAGGUAUGUCAGUGCGUGUGCAAAAUGUCUCUUACAGAGGGUGAGAGGACAUCUGAUCUAAACACUGAAGGCAUCUCUUGUGAGUUGAUUUAUUAAAUAAGCAAAAGGGUAUUUUUUUUUAUUUUUGGCCUCAGUGGAUAAAUCUGUUGUGAACUUUUCUACUUAGUCUUUUGCUAGAGAAUGUACUCUGCAGGUUACCUGUACUCUUCAUAGUAUUAAAUAAGUUUAAUAUAUAACUUUAACAUAAUAGAUGUAUAAAUAAUUAAAAAAAAAAAUGCAAAGCUUAGUCUUCAGCAUUUUGGCAAGUUUUACUUUAAAAAAAAAAAAACUUCCAAGGUUUGUUUUUUAAGCUUAAGGUUGUAAAUGUCUCAUGUUUAGCACAACAGGUGCUUAGAGCUGCAGUGUUGCAUGAAUGAAAUGCACAGAGCAGAUCACAACAGCUGUUUGCAGUGACUUCAAAUCUAAUUCACACAUGGAAAAAAAAAAAACAAACCCAACAAUUAAAUUUAGGUGUUUAAACCCACAUCUUUUUGUUAUCUCUGCAUGUGCUGAAGUUCUCCUUUUGAAAAUGUAUUUAUUUCUACUGGGAUCUUUGAACCUCAAGUAAGGUUUUAGAAGGACUUUGCUAGGCCCCUUUGGCUACAAUCUCAUUGUAAAAUUUGGUGGGUUUUUUUUUUUUUUUUGCAAAACUUCAUUUUUAACUACUGAUUUUUAAAGGAGUCAUUCAGCAUAUACAUAUCUGAUAUUUUGGCUGGUUUCACAAUCUUUUAUGAAAUCUGUUUCUUUCUGCAGAACAUGUCUGAUAAGCAGUUUCCAAAGGAAGUGGCACCCUAUUCUAAAUAAAUACAUUCUGUGUAGUUUGUAUGCUAAAGGGACCACAUAUGUAGGCAGUUCACGUAUAACCAGUUAUUACUUCUUUGUAAUCUAUACAUAAUGUUGAAGCAUCACUGUAAGAUAUUCCCUGUGAAAAGCAACGCUGUACUAGAGGGAUUGUGAUAUUUACCUUAAAUAAAAGGUGGACUAAUGCAG